AGCCUGUCGCAGUGCUUUUGUUAGGGAGAGAGUUUCAGUACAAUCGAUGCGGCUGUUUCUGGGCAUCUGGGUUAAAGAGCCGGACCACGACUUGAGCGGCAACUUGGCUCCGAAUGCCUUCGAAAAUGGCGAGCGUCGAGCUGGCCCGAGGUGAUAGCUCGCCGGUGCAUCAAUGCAACUCGCCACAAGCGGAGAGAGCAGUAACAAUAGUGUAGUUGAGGAUGGAAGCGCAAAGGUGGCUGUUAGGCAAGCGAUCACCACAGCGCUGAGAGCUUUGACUUCCACCACGUCAGCACGGCAGAUGUCCACGACGCAGUAUCUUUUGGAGCUGGCGUGCCACUGCUGGGCACCGAUUGUCCAACCGUGGAGACUGCUCGGGCUCUGCUGCGGGCAAGGCUGGUGCCGGUUGUUGGCGACAACUUGUUGCUCUUUUCUCCAUGAAGUUCUUGGACGCCAGCAGGGGAAGACGAUAGUGGUUCGCGUUGACCCGCUGGCUGUGCCACGCCGGCAGCUGGUAGGCGGGUGAAAUAUUAGUGCAACUUGGCGAUCUCCAGGGUCGAUGGCGCUGCGCUUUCGAGCCACGCGGCGGAGGUGAAUGAACUUCAUCGUGAAGGCACGCAAAAGGCUGGCAAUCAUUUUGUCAUCGCGCUCGAUCUCUGCUUUGUUGAAAAAGCAUCGAAAAAUCCACCCUCGCAACAUGCAUCAGUCAAACAUGUUGCCCCCGCUCAAAGCUUCGUCGUCUCUUGUAGCGCAGCGAGACUGCCGUGGUACAAUGCUGCUGCGAGCCAUCACGGUGUCAGCGUGACGGAAAUGCAGGCAAGACCAGCAGGAUGUAGGACAUUACGAUAAAAAUCCGAUUUCAUUCGGAGCUGCAUUCGAGGUCUCUCGUCCUGCAACGUCAUGUCGCCUCUCGGCUAAAAGCUCACCAAGAAUUUAUUAAUGGUAAAAAGUGACUUUAAAAGGGCUAUGUAUUGAUACAUGUACCCCAUCAAUCCUCUG